GUUACCUCUUACGAGGUCGAGGACUUCUUCUUCACAAGAGGUACCAUAGUACUGCGAGAUGAUAACAAGCAGACGGAUGUAGCUCAUUGAGGCGGUGUCACUGUCAACUCGAGUCGCGAGCAGGAGGAGGAAAUCCAAAUUAUAAAGGAAUUUACAGGUCCACAAAAGAACCCUAACCCAUAAACUCUUGUGACGAGGCAUCACUGACUGUAAACCACAAUCUUCUCGGUCCCCACGCGGGGAUGAUGAUAAUGUGGUGAUCCAUUUUGUUGUUUUUCCUGACCCUGAGCUUUUUACCCUAGUAUUUUCAUUUUUAUUUUGCACCGCAUGGGCAUACGCAUACCGUUAGUACCUCCACCGUUUCACAUACAAAGCUGUCGCUAAGUGGAGGUCGUUUUACUUUUGUAACCCGCCGCGCUUCCGCUUCCGCUCAGUGUACAUGUAACUAUAUUUCCCGCUUGCACUGUAGGUGUGUAUUCAUCGUCGAAUAGCGGUCUUUUUCUACCCAAAAGAAAGUUUCGUUUUUUUCUUGUUGUGGCCGGCGCAAAGAAGGAAAGCAAAAGGAAGAAGUUAUCAUGCCUAUAAUGCCCGACGAUCGGACUAAAGCCGUGCCUAGAAGAGGCAAGAUAAAAGGACCGUGAGAGGAGCUCUAUCUGUAUUUUUGGACAAUAAAAAUCAAGGUAAAAACCAAAAAGAUCAUCUAUACGCUGCGAAUAAAUUAUAGCUCCGCUCAAUAAUCAUCGCACAAGCGCUGGAACAACGAUUUAUACAGAUCAUGGAAGCCGAGCUUGCUCGGCACGCCUCAUCCGCUGCAGAAGCGGAGCGUGAGGCGCUGAACUACGACGAGCGAGGGGACUACACCCGGGCCGUACACCACUGGGACCUGUCCCUGCAGCAUCUGUCCCUCGCAGAAGCUACCGCGGUGAGCUCCAACCACGCCGAUGUCGAUGCGAUUCGGCAGCACCAGCGCGAGGUGCGGUCGCGGAUUGACCACCUGAACUCCCUGCCCCCGGGGGUGCCCCCCGUCCCCGCCAAGGACAUGGUGGGUGGAUUGCAGCUGACCAGCGUGGCGUAUAAUCUGGAAACGGCGUCAACAGCCUCGAGCAGUGGGACGGGCGGGGACAAGAAGGUACUUGUGUACUUUAGGGUAAGUACAGAUGAGUUGCUUGUCUCUGCUGUAUUUAAACAGCACAAACAGAAACACAUCGUACUAAAACAGAAGACCUUCACCUUGGCGAGUCGUCCUCGCCGCUUUUCUUCUUAUGCAGGUUCGUUUUACGGUUGUUGUAUUGAUGGUAUUCGUAACCGUAAGAAUAACCCGAUCUUCUUUUAAUAUCACCAUUUUUACCCUAUUGUACAAAUAAAGGUGAUCGGUACAAAAGCUGGCGCGGCGCUCGUCGGUGCCACGGCGGGUCUGGUCCUCCUGGGCCCCAUAUCGGCGGUGGCUCUGGGCGGUGCGGCGGUUUACGCCUGCACGCGAAAAGACAAGGUGGGCGACGCGGCCAAGACCAUCGGCAAAGCGACGUCCACCACCAUUAACAAGGCCGUGUCGGUCGAUCAGAAGCACCAGAUCUCGACCCGCGCCGCCGAGAUAGGCAAGAAGACCGCCUCGGAGGCGAUGCGGCUGGGCAAGCAGGCGGCCGAAAGUGACACGGGCAAAGCAGUAGCGCGAAACACGGUCAGUGGGGCGAAUGCUGUGUCCAAGUGGUACAACAAAAACUUCGGAGCCGGGGCCAGCUCGUCGUCGAGCAGCAGUGGUGCUGGUGCUCCUGGAAGUAGUUCGAACGACGGUGGAUUCCCGCAGGCAAGAAAUACCAUGUAGAAAACAGUUGGGAUCGAUUUGGUAUAUGUACUACCGAAAAUGCGGAGAUGACCGUAAGUUGUAGGAAGUAGAUCAUUGUACUUGAUGAAUGAUGUUGUGCGCUCGUGGGCCACGAUUUAUUGGAAAUGAAUCAUCGUCGAUUCGACGAUUGAAUGAAACUAACUACAACAUGAACAUUUUGAGUCGUCUACUGAAGCAAUCCACUCAACAUCAUGCGCUAUCAACAUUCUGCUGCGACUGAAAACUUCUGCCAAAUAAAACUACUACGGCACGACAGAGGGUGGACAGGUUCUUGCAAACAUGGCUCGGUAUUCUCUCCCAAGAUGAGCCAGGAGCAAAACCACAGUUGGUUGCCGAUAAGGAUAUAAGAAUCCGCAACCAGCCCACCACACUUGUUGCCUGCAGAAACCAAUGUAGAAAACAAGGUAGUCAAAGCAGAUGCAGAUCCAGAUUGGAAGACGUCACCUGGGUCGAUAUUAUUUCCUAAAAAUGUUGACACCUCCGCAACAUAGUUAGAAAUUGAAACUGUACACGGGAACAGGACAUUUACAAUGAAACUCAGCCACCGCACCCUCGUGCUU